AGAUAAUGCGCAUCACUACUGCGCAACUGUGGGAAACAACAUUGUUGCCAUCCUCAUAGUGUACUGCUAGAUGUAAUGUGAAGUAUUUCGACGUUCUGUUUACCUGUACAAUGUCAGUGAGGUGUUGAACGUCUUGGUAAUUGUGUUGUUCUUAGAAGUCUCUUGUUCAUCAUCAAUGUUCUUUAUAAGUGGUACUUCAAAGUGAUCUGUUUAAAAAGUAAUUAGACUUGGAUCAGUUCAUUUUAUACUAUUCUUCUAUAAUUUUUUCUGUGCUUAUUCACUUUUCCUGAUUGUGCACUAUGGAAUGUAAGACUCCUUGAGUGAAUUAGCUCCUAAAAUGUCGCGGAAAACAAACAAAUCUCGUGAAAAUUCAGCUGCAGCGGAGCGAUUGGCUGACUGGAGGGGUGCUGAUAGCUACGUGGGGCAGGGCCCGCUGUCUCUGGCUGAUUCAGAUUCCCCAGAGUAUGACAAUCGUGGAGCAUUUGCUCAGGAGACUUUGUUUGAUGACUUGGAGGGAGGAGUUGAAGGAAUGUCUUUGAGGGACGGAGAUCGUGAAAAGCAGCUGCAUGAUAAGAAGAGCAGCAUGUCUUCACUGGCCAUUGACCCGGGCUCAGGGAAGAAGCAAGUGUCAGUCACCAUGCCUGGACAGAGCAAAGCUAAGCCUUGUGUUCCACAGAGGCCUUCGGUAAAGGCUGACUUGGAUGUUGCCAAAGAGUUCAAGAAAUGCAAGGAGGAGGGAGCUACUAGGCUUGAUCUUAGUAAAUCUCAGAUUUCUCACUUGCCUACAAGUGUGAAAGAGCUGACACAACUGAGUGAGCUGUACCUGUACAGUAACCGGCUGACUCAGCUGCCUGCAGAGAUGGGCUCCCUCACUGGUCUCAUGACGUUGGCCUUGAAUGAGAACUCUAUAUCAAGCCUCCCAGAAACCUUUGUAGCCUUGACAAAGCUGAGAGUGCUAGAUCUGAGGCAUAACAAACUUCAAGAGAUCCCAAAAGUUGUGUAUCAGCUGAGGUCAUUAACUACAUUGUUCCUUAGAUUUAACAGAAUUCGUGUGGUGGAUGAAGAGAUUAGUAACUUAACUAAUUUGACUCGAUUUAGCCUAAGGGAAAACAAAAUCAAGGAGCUGCCAAAAGGAAUCGGGAAGCUGGAAAAACUUGUGAUUUUUGACAUUUCGCAUAAUCAUCUAGAACAUUUGCCUGAUGACAUUGGCAAGUGUGUCAUGCUGAACUCCCUUGACCUGCAGCACAAUGAACUUCUUGACAUCCCUGACUCCAUUGGUAACCUCACACAGUUAGCUAGACUUGGACUCAAAUACAAUCGGCUCAGUGUGAUUCCAGGCACCCUUGCCAACUGCAUAAAUAUGGAUGAAUUCAAUGUAGAAGGAAAUAACAUAUCAUCACUACCUGAGGGCCUUCUGUCAAGUCUCACACAGCUGAAUGUCAUCACACUGUCAAGAAACAAAUUUGAGAAGUAUCCUACUGGAGGACCUUCUCAAUUUUGCUCUGUAUAUUCCUUAAACAUGGAGCACAAUCAAGUGAACAACAUUCCUCUUGGGAUUUUCUUGCAUGCAAGUCACCUCACCAAACUGAAUAUGAAAGACAAUCAGCUGUCAGCUCUGCCUUUGGACAUGGGCACCUGGCAGAACAUGGUGGAGCUGAGCCUGGGAACAAAUCAGCUGACCAAGAUUCCAGAUGACAUUCACCAGCUGCAGAAGCUGGAGGUCCUUAGUCUCAGCAACAAUACUCUCAGGCGCCUGCCGCCAAACAUAGGGAACUUGAAAAAACUUCGGGUAUUAGACUUAGAGGAAAAUAGGUUAGAAUCUUUGCCACACGAAAUAGGUCAUUUACAAGACUUAACAAAGUUAAUUGUCCAGUCCAACCACUUGGUCUCCCUGCCAAGAUCUAUUGGAUUUCUGAAGAAUUUGACAUAUCUUGGUGCCGGGGAAAACAAUCUUACAUCUCUGCCAGUAGAAAUUGGUGCCCUUCAGUCAUUGGAGUCGCUGUACAUAAAUGACAAUCCAGACUUGCACAGCCUGCCAGUUGAACUGGCCUACUGUUCCAACCUACAAAUCAUGUCUAUAGAGAACUGUCCGCUCAGUCAGAUCCCGGCGGAUAUUGUGGCAAGAGGGCCUUCCUUGGUCAUCCAGUACUUGAAACUCCAGAACCCUUACCAGUAAAUCCACUGUGUUCUCUCGGGUGGUUGGCUCGCUGUACUAGAGGUGGAGCGUCCAUGUCCUUGCUGGGGGUCCUGGCUAAAAGGGAGCUUUCUGCUCUUGGCAACGCUCCACAGAGACUGGUUUGACAGACUGGGUUGGCCUGAGAAGCCUUGAGCCAUGUCCAGGCCACUCCAGUCUGUUCAACAUGGCCUGUAAGACAGAUGCUUCCUCUGUCUUCUGUCGCCAGCAGUCCAACCACAAGACAAAAAAAAAAUUAGCAUUGAUGUACGCAAGCCUCAAGCCUAGCUGAGUCUUCUAAAGUACACCACCACGUUGUGCUGUUGUUGUGUUACUGCAGGUCGUGUCUAUCGAGAGGAUACCGGCACUUUUAUGUCAUUUAAUCCAAUGUGUUCGAAGAAAUGUUUUCAAUUAUCGUGCGUCAUUUUGUACGUGUAUCAAAGGUGAAGCCUGGCCUGGCAUGUUAAGAAUUCAUCAUUUGUUCGUUCAAAUUUCUUUCAGUGUUGGACUGUUUCUAAACAGGGUUUUUGCAGUUAUGAAAUGUUCCUUCUCUUUGAAGCUGAUUGGAUUAGAUUUGUGGUAUGUUCAUGCAACAUGCUGGUGGCUCUCGUAAGAAAUCUGCUGUGUUGUACAAGAACCCAAAUUACUCUUAACGUAACUAGGCUGGAAUUAAUGGACGUGUUUUAUGUUACUGCCUGAGUCUGUCAUAUUGCACCUGGUGCUUACUUUUGUCUUGGUAAGCCUCUAAUUACAGUGGUGUCCACUUAACAGCAACCUCUGCCCAACAGUAACCUAUCCUCUUGUAACAGAAUUUUUCUGUUUAAGUUUAAGUAACCCUUAUUAACAGCAGCCUUUUCUUCUAAUUAACUGACAAAAAACCUGUUUCUCAUUCAAAAAACGUGAACACCAAGACUGACCAAUAAUUACAAUGUCCAUGCAUCCUCCUUAACUAGUCAAUACCACGACAACAUGUGCUAGGGGCAAAAAAUUUAGUAUAUGAGCACAGUUCACACCCUCCUGCCGAGGUCCACCUUCCUUCAGAGUGGAAAAAUCUUGGUCGCUGUGGGUAACAUGACUGCUGCGAUAAAGCAUCAGCUCACUUCAAAGGACAAGAUCUGGUAAAACAUCGGCUAUUGAUGCUGCCUAGGUUAAAUCUAUCGCUUUUUGAACUAACAACAUCGUCCCAUCCUGCAAUUAGGAUUCGUGAGCAUGCGUGGGGGGGGGGGGGGGGGUAGUUUGCAUUACCCCCUUCCUUCCCCCUUUGAAAAUUCAGUUAGCAGCAACCUCCGCCCAAGAGCAACCUAAGCUUGCUCCCCAAGGGGGCAGCUGUUAGAUGGACACCACUGUAGAUGCCUUUCUUGUUUAGAAUUUGUCUCAGCUGUAAAAGAAUAUAACCCAUUUUUUUGGUAAAACAAGUUUUGACUUUUAGAGAACACAGCUGUGUAAAUAUGAAGUAAUCAAUAGAUAUUGAGUUGCAGCCGUGGGCUAGGUUUUGUGAAAAGUGUGUGCACACUUGUAAAAGUAAAAAAUUGUCACUUGUUGUCAUAAGAUAAAGAUUUACUGAACAACUAGUAGUUCUUUAAUCUGAUUCGGAUGCAAAAUGGUUUCACUGUAUUUGAGUGUGGCCUUUGGGGGUAAAAGUAAAUUUGGAACCGCAUUCUCAAAAUAAGUUCAAGUGUCUUUUGUGACUGUUGUCUUGGUGACCCAAAUGUAGCUCCUGCUGAGAGUGGAACUUUGGAAUGUGUGUGUGUGUGUGUGGGGGGGGGGGGGUGUCAAACGAGUUAUGUAUGGAUGGGUCAAGUUUACUUUUACCCUUUUGAGUUGAAGAAAUUGUCAUCGCCAGUGUUCACACCAUGGGGAACGCUGUUUGGCUUGGUUUGAUUUGAAGGUAAAUGCUGAAAGAGAAGAUUAUCAUAUAGUCGAUCGGACCUCGUGUUUUUAUGCCCGCUGAAUUAGGAAUGUAGUAAUGUUGGUUACAGAGCAUGCAGAACUUGUAAAAUUAGGAAAGGGUCCUAUAGAUCUUUUUCAAAUAAGCGAAAUGACAUUUCAAGCUGCAUUAACUGUUGCUCAAGACCUAAGUGAUUUUUUGGGGGUUGCUCUUCCUCUUGUGCGAAGUUCGGACCAUUCAUUUUGUUACAAAUGCUAAUUAGAAAUAGUUCAUUUUCAUUUGAAUGUCUUAUAAAACUGUUUAAGCCAAAGGAAUUUAAUAAUUGUGUGCCUACAUUGUUCUUAAAUUCUACAACUCUUCGUAUGUGAAGACUCUUCUAUUUAGAGCAAUUUUCUGCUUACAGCUCAUUCUGGCAACAUAUGCCUUUUUUUUUUUCAAAUGAAAGUGGUAUGGUGGCACAAUGAGGUGCUUAAUGUUAUACAGAUAUUUUUUUUGUAACACGUACAACGGUGUGAGCUGUUUUGUUUAGCUGUUUGAGAUUAUCAUGUCAUGUGUUUAAAGGCUGUGAUGUACAAAGAUGUAGUUUGUUUCACAAUGUCUGCACUUUGAGGGGUAUAUGGAUCGUGUUUGUAAAUUGUAUACGAAGACAACAUGCCUAUGGGUGUGUUAUUUGAAAGGUGAAUUUUGUAGAGGCUUUAUAGAAGUGAGUGCAAUUGGAAACAAUUUUGAGGGUUAAACAGCUGGGAGACCUGUAUGACUCAAAAGUCUGCACGUUGAAGAGCCACAUUUUGUGUAGACCUACUUUGGUUAAUCUAAUUUGACCUAGUAGUCCAUUAGGGUCUGUUCCAUUCUGUGCGCAAACGAAAGAUCUGACCUGGCAAUGCGCAGUAGCCUUUGGAUCGGCAGUUUUCAUCAGACGGAUUCAUGACCUAGAACAGCAAACAUGUUUGAUUUUGGAGGAUUCUGGGGAUUAGAAAGCUAGUAUAUCCUGAGAGGAAGGCUCAUGAAGUUGUUGAAUUUUGUUUGAGCCCAGAGUAAGCUUUUUUUUACUGUUAAAUUUUGAGGACAAGGUACUGUUUUCAACAAUGUGAUCAAUAUUUACAUACGGUUCUACAUGACAAAGUUCCUUUUUUUUAAAUGUGCCGUAUUUUGUAGACACUUAAAGUUAAAAUGCGCUCUCCCAAGUUUCUAAUAGCUAGUUUGAUACUUGUGCAUGUAGCCCAGGUACCAUAAUCUGACCCAAAAUUGUCCAGUUCCGAAAGGUUCCACUCCCCUAAAAGUAUUAUGAAGGUCAGCAUUCUCCUUUUCUAACAUUACAAGUGGAGGCUUUUCGGAGGUAAACCUUUGUUUGGCCCUCUACAAGUGUUUUCAUUGUUUAAGUCAAUUGCAUUGCAAGUUAAGACAACAAUAUUUCUUUUCUGAUACAACUAGCUUUUCACCACAAAUUUUAUAUAAAAGUUUUGUAACUUUGUUGACUGGAAUCAGAAAGUUUUGCUUUAACCCCUUUGUUGCCUUAUGAAGAACAUGGUACAUCAUGAAAAUGUGUAAGUUUUAGCUUUGUGCCCUACCAUGGAUGAUACAAAAGUAGGCAAAAUUUGCCGCUCCUAGUUGUGUAUAAGGCAUUAACAUCAUGUAUGUCCCUCUAAUCAUCUGACUCAAAUUUUUCUAUAUGGAGAUUUAGCCACUAGCACAUUGUGGAUUCCUUUUGGGGAAUAAAAAAUGGGCAUAUGAGUACCAAAUUUGCUUGUAUUAUUUUACUGCAAGGUUUGCAAGUGAUUGAUAAACACAGGUCUAGUCUUACAAAUUAAAGUUCUCUUGCAAAAUUUAAACACCAAAAUGACGGGGGGGAAAUCUAGCAAAUUUCACUUUUUGACCUAGAUGGGCUAGUUGUUUGAAAUUAUGGUUUUUUUUGGAAAUAAGGGUAUGAAGAAGGUGACACAAUUGAAGACUUGGGGUCAGAAUAUGGGAGGACCAGAACCAGACAGCAAGUUUUUACACUGACACUGAGACUGACUAGACUGCUGCCUUGGCUAACAAGCUAAGUCGAAGAUAAAUGCUGACAGUAGGAACUGGCACCACCUGGCAACGAAGGGGUUUGCUGGGAGCAUGGUGAUCCAGAAGUUGUUAUGAUUUAGAAAGUGUUCACUAUUGAAGCUGGAGCCCUAGAGUAUGUACGUGUGUGUAAGUUGCAGGGUUUUUUCUCGCAAUGCAUGAGACUGCUGUACUAGUUCUGUUACUGUUAUUAUGUCUCCAGAAAACUCUUAGUUUAAAAGGGUGCACAAAAAGUCUUUUUCUGUGAAAGCCUAGAGUGUGAAACAGUUUGUGUGCUUUGAUGUGUUUUGCACUGUGUGGUUGGUGAGAGGGGGACGCUGCUGCUGUUGCGAGUGUCCACUUGUGAUACAACAUUUGACCUCCUUAGCCUCGGGUCUCGGUUGUGAUGGUAAAUAGUAGUGUUGUAUUUUCAGUUCAUUGGUCUUAUGGACCUUGCAUAUUAUUCAGACUCACGUUAGCAUUAACUCCGUUUAACUAAAUAAAUAAUUGCUGCUCCAAUUCCUUUUCUCAACAGUGAAAAGCAUUUUUUUUUAAAUGAACUCUGUGCUUUAAAGAAUGAGAGAGGAAAGAAUAUGUUGAAGGAGAGGAACAAAACAUUGUAUUUUUUUUUCUUUGUUUUUGUUUUUGUUUUGUUUUUUUGAAGGGUUGAUUAUGUAUUCUGCAUCAUUAUUUCAUGUUUCCUGUCUAUUCUGUGACUAAACUGCUCUUAAAAUAGAACUGGGAAUUGAAGAAAACUAAUGAAUUUAUCAUAACAAAGAUAUAAAGGCAUCUCGCUUUAUAAGGUGUCCGUUUCUUUGUUAUCAUGACUAUGACAUUUCAUGCAUGACAAAGGACUAGCUCUCACAUACUUUGGUGAGAAGUCAAGUGGAAUGUUAAUUAGAAAUGGUGUUGUUAAAGUUAUAAUAAAUUUUUGUCUAGUUUUCAUUACAAAUCAGGUAAUGUCCUAUUUCCAUUCCUAUCCAAAAUGACAAUUCAGAUCACGCACAAAAAUCUUUCUGUUAUUGGGAAGUGAAGGGUGACAACAUGAUCACAUGUGAUUGUCUUUUAUCCACAUUGCGUCUUUAAAAUUUUGUAUGUCCGUCCUUGGGAAGAUGCUGCCGUUUUUCAGUGCAUUUACCAAAUUCUUACUGUUCAGUGUUUACCCACCUUGCUUUGUUUUUUUUCUUUUUCUUCUCCCUUCCUUCCCCUCUGCCCCCCCCCAAACCCCCUGAGAACACUUGGAUUGCAAUCAUUUUUUAAAUAGGAAGUCUCAGACUGAUUUCAUAUCAGGGCCGGUGUGGAACUAGCCAGAAAUGUUCAACUGCAUUUAGUAGAUGUUCUUUUUGUUUGGUGCUUUUCUUUCUGAAAUGUAGACCUGAACUUUUGUCUUCAUUUUUUCAAAUGUUCUGGUCCCUCGUGUGUGUUCCCUGCCAAUGGUCCCCCGUGUCUAUUCCCUGCUGAGUGCUUCUGUGUGAAGGUGCCAUCAGUCUCUGCAAGCUGCUUUUGGGUGUGGACCUAGUAGGUGUUUCACAAAAAAAAAAUUUAUUUUUAAUUUUUUUUCUUUUCUUUAUCCUUACUUGACUGCACUGCAUAAUAUGUGUGAGUGAAUGUAUCUGCAUCGUUGUUGUGAAUUUUAGUUUUUUGUAACACUUGCCAUGGGGGUGAUUCUAGCAUAGAAAAUUAGACAUAAAGGUUUGCAGUAUAAGUUAUGGUGAGUUAAAGAUGCAGACUGGUUGUAUUGACUUACUUUGAAAAGGAGAUUUGAAAUAACCUUUGCAUGUUUCUCUCAUUAAUGAACCCAGAAAGAAGUUUUACCUCUCAAAAUGUGUGGUAUUCACCAAACCGUUUUUUAAGCUUUUGAAACAGUUUCAAGCAUUGGUGUCUGGAUGAGUAUACGGUUUAUUAAUGUCGCUGACAAAGGUUGGUGUACCCUACAAGUAACCCGUGAUAUUCAGAGUUUUUUUAAAAUGUGAUGCUGGGUUUUUGUAUUUACCUGAAAAAAUUAUGAAAUGAACCUAUCAGUAAAUUUUGAGGUAACAAGUUGUCAUGUAGCUUUUGCCUUUUCUUCUCGAUAGUUCAAUAGUGGUAUAUUGGAAUUGCCAAAUGGCUGGUUGCUCUUCUUAAUGUCUCUGUCAGAAAUGAAAAUUUAUUUGUGGAUGUGAAUUGCUUGGGCUCUAAAUAUAUUGGUAUCCAUACUGUGAGUCAGAGAAGCACUUACAUAGGUCUUGUUGGUCUGACGGCAAGUGCGCUGGGCUGCUUACAUAUGUACCUCAGAUAGUGGCCGCCAAAACUACAGUGUUCCCCUUCCUACCACUUUCUUUUGUAUUUUAACUCCCGGAUUGAAUGUGUUGGUUUUUGCUUUUGUCAUGGUUGGAGAUUAGGGAACCCUUUGCUUAACUUCUGAGAUAGUGCCUCCUGCUAAUUUAUGUGCUAUAGGAUAACAACACUUGUACUGUUAUAUUUCUGGUCUGUGUGUCAACUCACGUAUAAGCUUUGUCCUUGAAGUGAAAUGGAAGUGUGAUGACUCUUUUUAGAUUUGCUGUAGCAUUUCUGUUGUGUUGAGACUGGAGUUUUAAGUUUUUUUUGGUUUUUUUUUACAACUCUACCAUUCCUUGCUAGGUGGUAUGCAGGCUAAUUUUUCUUUAUAUGAAGACAGUGAAAUUCUGUGUUAUCUUUAAUAAGCAGAAAAAGGUGUUUUGAGAAGACCGUUCCCUUCUGUUUUUGUUUCUUUGGGGAAAAAAGUCUAAUGUUGUUAUUGUUUUGUUUCUUUUUAAUGGAACAUCACUGGCCACUGUAUUCUCCUGAAUGAUCAGUUGGUCUUAUCACGGUUGCCACACUUCCAUUUCACUUUGUUGCUGAAUCAGAAACUCUGCUGGAGCUCUGAUGGUGGUACUUUAUCUUCUUUCUUCCUUUAUGUCAUCCAAAAUGCAAGUUUCUCUCUCAGUGUUUUCUGGUUAAAAUGUAGGUAAAAGAGAUAACCCCCAUUGGUAGGGGUGUGAAUUUUGUUGAAUCUAGUUCUGUAUUUUUGUGAAUUCCGCUAGUUCAGAUGCACUUUAAGAAAAUCACAUCAACCUUGUUGUAAUCUAUUAAAUGCUGAUAUAGGGGAAAAAAACACACACACAAAAAAUGUAUUACAGUGACUACCAAGUUGGAGAAGGAAACUAUCAGUUUGGAGUUGUCUGGCAAUUUUAUGAUCCCUCACGAAGACAAAGUCUCUGUCAUCAAUCUCACAGGGAGAACUUUGCUGUAUCGUAGAACUGUUGCACAGAGAUGUUGCUUUUGUUCUCUGUAUUUCUAGGUGCUGGUUUUCUUGAGAGAGUUGUAAUGCCACUCUGUUUGUUGACUGAUUUUGUUGACUGUGUUUCUUGAUCUAGUAUGUUGACCAUUAUGUGAUUAUUUGCCUUUUUUUUUGGAAGGGGGGGUUUUGUAUUGUAGCUUCUAUAAUUUGUGCCAUACUUUUGUGAGGAUGCAAGAAAACAUUUUGUGAUGGCUAGCUGAAAUCUUUUCUAAGUUCACUGUUGGUAAUAUCUCCUUUUGUUUCUGGUUGUUGUUUUUUUGUUUUUGUUUUUUUUGGCUAUCAUUGAUCAUAAUUUCAUGUUUUUGAAACGUCUUGGAGCAUUAUCUCUUUUUGAAUGUCAAGAUCUUUUGUGAAAUCUGAGAUGAAUGUUGUGGUUUCUUUUCGUUUUGUUGUAUGAUUUCAUGUUCCUUACAAUUAAUCUCUAGCCUUGCUGGCAGAACUAUUUGUCAUGCAAUGUAGCCAACAUGUGAACUCUUAGUUUCGAACUUGCAAAUGUAAACAUCUGAGCUCACCCAUUAAUACUACGCAGUAUACACACAUCUUUUUAUAGUGUAUUUAGGGCAAGAAUCAAGAAUGGGUGGUGGUGGUGUGUGUGUGUGGGGGGGGGGGGGGGGGAGUUGUGUUGUGUUGUAGGCCUACUUGUCAGCUAAGGCUUCCUUCUGGCAAGUAAUGUCAAUCUUACUAAUACUACACACUUUAUUAUCGUAUGAUAAGACUGAAUGACACAUCCAGUUAAAAUCAAGUAUAAAGUCAAUGAAUUUUGCCAAGUUGGUACUUUUCAAUGGAGAAGAGAACACACUUUUUAUGGCUAUCUUAAAGGAGGGGGGGUGGGUGGUGGUUCUAUUGCAUUUUUUUUUCGAUUUGAGUGGUUUUGUGACUUGAAGCUCUGAUUUGAGCCGCAUUUUGACGAAGUAUUUUAUGGUCCUCUCUCUUACAUUGUCAAAUACAAAAUAAUGGUGACAUUGGUUAUUUAUUGCCAUCAAUUUCUCUUUUCUUUUUAAAGAAGGAUAGAAGUGAGUUGUAUGGGAGGUAGGGCGCUGCGACAAAUUGUUUUUUCCCUUAGUUAGACAAUGCUUUUCCGUGAGUGGAAGGGCUGCUACAGAUUUACGAGUAGUGCACAUCAUAAUACUGUAAUACAAAAAGGUGGCUUGUUUACAUGUUUUUGAGGGGGGUUUUUCCUUCUGAACAGCAGUCUUAUACACACACAGGGCUUGCUGUGGGAGGAAAAAAAAUUGAGUCUUGACUGAAGUUAUGAAGGGACUGAGUGUAACCCAAUGUAUUACACUUAACAGUGAUUGUGGGUCUGAAGUAACUUUUUCACCUUAAGUUUGUUUUCGUGAUGCUUUCAGUAUCUUUAUCUAUUGGAUUUUCUGUGCAUGGCUUUGCCUUUUAGUAAUAAUAAUAAUGAUUUAAUGAGAAUAAUAAUAGUGAUAAAUGCCUUUAGUACCAUUUUGUUGAAAACAAAAUAAUAAUGACAAUAAAAUGCUUGUAUCACGUUGUUGUUUUUUAAACAAGCUCAUACUUUGGAGUGUACAAUUAGAACACAAAUAGAAUUCUCAGAGGAAAAGGGUGGUGAAAGCAGUACAGCAAUGUCAGUUAAAAGCACUUUUCUCUCUUUAAGGCAGUCAAUACCAUGACAUUCUGCCAAGACAUUAGGUGAAGCUGUAGAGACUUGUCUACAGCGCAGAGCUGCGUCUACUCCGUAGAGUUUAUCUCCUAUUUUCCCGAAUAACUCAUGCUGCAGUGUUGCUGGUCAGAUUGUCUUGUAUGGUACUUAAGAUGUACAAUUGUAAUGCCUUGUGGACAUAAUGAGACAUUUUCUCUCAUGCUGUGAUUUUUUAGAUUUUAAGAAGAUCAGUAUUUUCUAUUGCAUAUUGUUUACGAUUUUGUUCUGUGAACCAGUGCAGUUUUUUUUUUUUUUUUUUAAUUAAGCAGUUUGCCAAAAUGUGUGCUUCUGAUGCAGUGAGAAAUGAAAAUUCAAAAUGCCUUGUUUUUUUGUUUUUUUUUACUCAAUGGCAUUAAAUUUUGUGUCCUGAAAGUACCAUCUCUAUAAAUGGAAGCUUUAAAAAUAAUUGGCCUAGUGCGGUCUUUGUGCUCCAUUAUGGUAUAUUCCUGGAUAGUGAGGAUUUGAUGCUGAUCUAGUUCAUGGGGGGUAAAUGUUGCCUUUUGAGGCCUCUUGAGGACAAAGAUGAACAUUAUGUUAUUCUUUUGUUAAAAUUCACCUUGGACCAAAACAGGUGUCUAUUGUCCUGACUUUUGCCUUCUUACUACAGCCAAAUCAUGUUUUCUCGAUCCAAACCAUGCUUAGCGGUAACGGACAUUUCACUGUUAUUAAGUUCUGAUCGAAUCUUACUCUCUUUGUUCAUUAUCCCGGGACUCGAAAAUGACUUGGUAUCUAGAGUCCACUCAAGAUAGUUCUUAGAUCCAGAUGAAUCUAUUUGACUUGCCACAGACAGAGAGAACUAGAAUUCUGUUUCAAGGUGCAGAUCAUACCAGUAGUUUUAAACAGAAAUGCAGCAACAGCAGCGGCAAAAUUUUUUAAAACUUAAAAAGAAAUUGAGUGCCGAUCAAAAUACAAUAAUUCGAUGAAUUGAAAUGUAUUUUGUUACUGAAACAAGCGGGCUAACCUGCUAACCAGAUUUUUGUUGUUGGUUUAAUGGUUAUUUUAAAAGUUGCUAAAAUGGCUGGCCUCGCUGUUAACCCUUUCCGUACAUUGUGUUUUACUAUCGUAUCCAUACGACGUGGGGGACUCUGUGCCCCAAUUUCCAAAGAGGAAAUUUACUCGUUAAUCCGAUCUGUACACUUUGCAUAGCAGUCUGUCAAAAUGAUUUUUGGAGAAAUACUGAAAGUUUCAAAGAGAUUUUCGUACUAGAAGUAUUCUAAAAUGUGAAGGAUACAACCCCGGGUUUACAAAAUGACCCCAGGGCGUACAGAUAUGGUUAAAGUGGAUAGAAAAAGAGGACAAGUUUUGAAAAGUUGCACAUUUCUGAUGAGUGCAAUAGAAGAAUAAUGUACGAGUUGAAAUGGGGGUAAGAAAGUGUGGUCUUGAUGUUAUAUUGUCCCAAUGAUGUGACAGCAGUGCUUAUUGUGCAGGCUGAUGAGUUUCACCACUGCUCCUUUUGAAUAUUAUGUUGAUAAUUACUUUUACUGUUGGUAAUAGUAAUGCUACCUGGGUUGUUCAGCAAUAAAGUUCAAAUGCUUUUCCUGAUUAGAAAAAAAACUAAUGCUGAUUUAUAGCAGAAGGUUUUGAAGACAGUCAAAGAAAAAUCUUGUAAUUUUUUCUUAUUGUGCACAUGUAAAUCUAUUCUUUGUUUGAACAGUUCAUUGUGUCCAACAUACAACUCUUGUGUAGAGGCGUGUUUAAAAAAAAAAGUCAUUUACUGUUGCUCGCUCAUGUCAAACUGUUGGGGCGGACAGAUAGUUGAGAUAGUUCAUUUCAAUUAUUUAAUUUGGGGGUGGGGGUUUGUUGUUUACUAGGUAUCAACUAGUCAUAGUGGGGUUGUUUUUUUGCUGAGGCUCACAGUUUGUCAAGGAUCCUGCUAUUUCAAAAAUUUCAGGCAAUAUCAUCUAUUAUAGUCAUUUUAAAAGAUCUCUUUUAAUGAUAGUGUUAAAGUAAAUGCAGGCAGUUUUGUGCAGCUGUUGGUUUGGCAAGCCCAGUGAGGUGUGUGGAUGGGAAGGAAUUGGGGAGACGUGCUGGGUGGACCAAGCUGUAGAAGUGCUCAUGUAAUAGUAAUACAGUCUCAUGUUCUGGAACUUUUUUCUCUUCUGGUUUGGGGGUUUUGGUUGCUGAAGAAAAAAAAUACCCAGUUGAUUUUUCAACUUUUCAUUUGUCUCCUUGUGUGCUCAUGGUAGAAGGAAUCAAGAAACCUGGUCUUUUUAGAACUGACUUAUGCUAAUAAUGAACUUUUGUAUAUAGUUUGCGUUCAUGAAAAGCUUGGCUGAAAGCUUUGCUUUCCAUGCUUGUAUGAUGAUGUGUUCUAUUUCCUUGUAUGGGUGUUUGUGUGUGUAAAUGUAAGAAGAAAAAAGCAUGGGUUGUGAUUGAUUGAUUGAGAGUUUUGAUUGCGGGUAUGUUUGAAGUGUCGGUUGUCACAAGUGAGAUUGUUUUCUUCCCCCCCACCCCUCUUCAAAAUUACUGAUGAAGAUGUUUUUUCUUGUAGAGUCCCAAGUUGUGGCCUCUUGUGGUAAAUAAGACGUGCAAUCUAUUUUACUGCCCACAUUUGAUUGUCUUUUUUUCCCCCUCUGCCUUUGUCUAGUAUGUGUAUGAAGUUCCACUGUAAGUGACAAUGUCUCUUUUCCUUCACCCCAUCCCUCCUCCCCAAAAUGUCCCUCUUGUAAAUAAAUUCUAAACAUUGCUGAGUAUGAUCAUCGUGUGGUCUUGUCUUCGUUUCCUCUCUGUUUCCUCUGAUCAUGAUGCAGUGCAUGAGUUUCACUUUGCAUUACAGAAUUCUUUUAUUCAUUGGGUCAUGAUGAUUGAGAAAAGUAAAAGUGGCAACAGACUGUACUAAUGCACAA